AAUUUAUUAAUUCAGCCAUUCAGGUACCGCAUUUUGUCUUAUUUUUCAACCCUGCUUGGGGAAAGUGCUUUCGGUGUAAACAUCUAACUCCUCUACCAUGUCAUUCUUAAAACAUCACAUUACAAUGUACAUUGUGUGUUCACAGCCAGAGCCAGAGUGGUUUGCUCUAAUCUACUGGAUUCAUUUGGAAAUACUAAUUUACUGCCUAAUGAUUGAUCUAUAAAUUUCCCAAAAUAGGAUCUGAACUGCAUUGUUAGAUUGACUGUAGUACGUGGACAAAACGGUUUCAUUAUAUUGUUCAGCUGGUUGAUUAUUAUUGGUCAGUCGUCGGUCAAGAAACGCUCUGUUGCACUCAGCAACCUUCCCCUUGACUGGCGGAAACGGAAGCCGCGAAGGACAGGUAGGUGCAGAAUCGCUUUAAGUCAGAGGGGCGGUUCACGUCUAGCUGUGAGUUUUCACUUUUUUUCCGUAAACAAACAUGGCGGCCGCGGAUCCCCGAUCCUCGAGUGACGGCGACCCUGCCAGCAGAGGUGGCUUCCCGGCCGGCGAGAAUAGUAACGACCCGGGUGGGGCUGGAGGUAGUGGCGGCGAGAGGGAACGGGAACGCGAUCGGGCCACGUUUGAGUGCAACAUCUGCCUAGACACAGCCAGGGACGCCGUCAUCAGUUUGUGUGGACACCUGUUCUGCUGGCCCUGUCUCCAUCAAUGGUUGGAGACGCGACCCAGCAGACAGCAGUGUCCCGUGUGCAAGGCUGGAAUCAGCCGAGAGAAAGUCAUCCCCCUCUACGGCCGAGGGAGCUCCAGCCAAGAGGACCCCAGGUUAAAGACUCCGCCCCGGCCUCCAGGACAGAGAACAGAGCCCGAGGGCAGAGGGCUGUGUGAAGUGUUUGUCGUUUGCCAAGGCGUGUCAGGAGCAGCACGCCCUAACCCCCAACAUCACACACCAUCCCCUAACCCUAACCCUAACCCUAACGACCCCUUCCACAGAGCAGAUCCUCACUACGCUGGCGAUCACCAGGGUAACGGUAACCCCAACAACGGCAACAACUGGCAGGACUCCCUCUUCCUGUUUGUGGCCAUCUUCUUCUUCUUCUGGCUGUUGAGCGUCUGAGAGAGAGAGAGGGGUGUGGUGGGGGGGAUGGCACACACGCGCACACACACACACACACAUGCACACACACACACACACACACACACCAUGACUGAACAGCUGACCCGGGGGAAUCGCGGGGGAGGUGGGGGUUUGCGGCCAUAUGGGAGUGCUGAUCACUGAUUGGUCGGAUCUGAACUGAACCCAACCGGACAACAAAUUACUCUUCUGCUCUGUCCCCCUACUGUGAAAGUGGAGAUGUUUCUGAAGAGGAAGUCACUGCAACUUGCUCCUCUGCUGGGGGGGGGGAGGGGGUUCCCCUUGCUCAGCCACACCAAAAACGGGGGAAAGGGGCGGGAUUUGAGGGCAGGGGGCGGGUCCUGGGUCCAGCGAAUCGCAUGACGGACACUAAGAACAAGGGAAGCAGAUCCUCUUCGACAGUCAUCCCUGCUACCUGCUGGUUUCUCUGCACAGUGGCCACCUGUCCAAUCGGGGUGGGGGUUGGGAGGAGGGGCUUAGGUGACUGACCAAUGACGUGGGAGCGGUGUGGCUUGUUCUGUUCUGAGAGUGUCAGUAUUGAGAGGUAAAUUUUAUGACAGUGUUAAAUGAACAGAAAUGUGUUAUUUUUGUGUCGCGGUGGGGGGAGGGGGUGUUUUGGAGUGUCAUCAGGAGUUUGAUGAUGUAUUAUUCAUCACCAUUAUGGAAGUCAGUUGGCUGUGUGUGGGG